CUAGCCCGCUCUCCCCCGCCGACUCUUCCCCACUCCACCUCUAGAGACUCCAACUUGGCCCCUCCAUCCCCCCUCGUGGAGCCUCCUGAAGAUCUCUCCAGGCCCCCUGUAAGGGCCCCACACCUGUCUCCUCCUCCCUACCAACCCGCUCCCCAACAACCUGUGUCCCCGACUCCUUCCUCAAUCUCUGAAACUCCAGGCCCAGGCCCAGCCUCGAGCAUACCCUCUCCAACCGUUCCUCUCCUCCCAGCCCCAGAACCUCAACCACCUUCCAGCCCCCUCCCUUCUCCUCCUAUCUCUGCCCGUACCAGAUCCCAAAACUCUUCCCCGGACCUGGUCUGCCCCUUGAGGGAGGUUGCAGGGGCUGAAGGGGUUGUCCGAGUCCAUGCGCCCUUUUCUCUACAAGACCUAUCCCAAAUAGAAAAACGCUUAGGUUCCUUUUCAGCCAAUCCCGACAACUACAUCAAGGAAUUCCAAUACUUGGCAUAGGCCUAUGACCUAACCUGGCAUGACUUGCAUGUCCUCCAGACCACCACCCUCACCACUGAGGAGAGGGAACGUAUCCAGGCUGCUGCCCGGGGACACGCUGAUCAGGUCCACCUUACCGACGCCACAAUGGCGGUCGGUGCUCAGGCGGUCCCCGCCGUAGAGCCAGGCCGGGAUUACCAAGACGGCCAAGAUGGCCGCCGGCGCCGCGACCACGUGGUCCGAUGUCUCAUCGCCGGCAUGCGGGCGGCCUCUAAUAAGGCCGUAAAUUAUGACAAGAUCAGAGAAAUCAUACAGGCCCCUGACGAAAACCCGGCUAUAUUCCUUAACCGGCUGACCGAGGCAUUAAUUCAGUACACUCGCUUGGACCCGGCCUGUCCCGCGGGGGCCACGGUUCUAGCCACACAUUUUAUCUCUCAGUCAGCCCCAGAUAUCCGCAAAAAAUUAAAGAAAGUCGAGGAAGGCCCUCAGACCCCCAUUUCUGACCUAGUGAGAAUGGCAUUUAAGGUCUUUAACUCCCGUGAGGAAGCCGCAGAGCUGAAGCGACAGGCCAGACUCCAGCAGAAGGUUCAGCUACAAACCCAGGCCUUGGUAGCAGCCCUGCGGCCGCGGCUCCAGGAGCCAGCAGAGAGGGGGACCCACCCGCACCCCUCCGGGGCCUGCUUCAAAGGCGGGGCUGAAGGCCAUUGGGCCCUUCAGUGCCCCACCCCGAGGGCACCAACCCGACCAUGCCCUCUCUGCCAUUUGAUGGGCCACUGGAAAUCCGACUGCCCUAGCCUCAGGGAAUCCUCGGCGCCUCAACGCGGGGGAAGACCCGAGACGGUGAGUCCAGCCUUCCAACUGCUCGGGCUGGAGGAGACUGACGGAGCCCAGCCUCGGCCACCCCUCUCACCCAGGCCGAGCCCAGGGUCAUGCUCCAGGUAGCGGGAUGGAUUGAGGCAUACCCCACAGCCAGAGAGACUGCAGAUGUGGUGGCCACAAUCCUCAUCGAGCACAUCAUCCCGAGGUUUGGGUUACCCCGGACCCUACAGUCAGACAACGGGCCGGCAUUUAUCUCCAGUGUGA